AUGGAGAGGAGAUCCCGACAUCAAUUGUUCAGACUGCCAGACAUCACGGCAAUGAAGCAGCAACAGUUGCCUGCCUACCAGCUACAUUUCUCAGCUACCAUGGUCUUCUCCAUCUUUUUUGCCGCAGGAAUAUUCUGCCUUUUAAUGGGCAUCUUCCUCAUAUUGUCUGCAAGGAGUAUCCAGAAAGUAGAGAUUAAUUACACAAAAACAUGUGGAAAUUGUGCAAAACUGCGGGAAGAUGCCUUUAAUCACGGCAAAAUAUGCACCUGCUCUAUUCCCUUUGUCCUUGCAAAGAGUAUGCAGGGUAAUGUUUUUAUGUACUACAAGCUGUAUGGCUUCUAUCAGAACCUCUAUCGAUAUAUUUUAUCCAGAAGUAAUAGUCAACUGCUGAGUAAGGAUCUGAAGGCUGUUGAAGACUGUGCUCCAUUCAAAAUGUCCCACACAGAAAUCCCUUUUGCUCCUUGUGGCGCUAUAGCCAACAGCAUGUUCAAUGACACCAUAAUUCUUUCAUAUAAUCUUAAUUCAUCUAUACAUAUCCAAGUCCCAAUGCUAAAGACUGGGAUUACAUGGCGGACAGAUAAGUACGUCAAAUUUAAGAAUCCAGGUGCUAGUAAUCUUACUGAUAAAUUUGCAGGAACCGCAAAGCCCCCUUACUGGCCCAAGCCUGUCUAUGAGCUGGAUCCAGAUAAUCCAGAAAAUAAUGGCUUCCUCAACGACGAUUUCAUCGUGUGGAUGCGGACAGCUGCCUUUCCCACUUUCAAAAAACUAUACCGUCGACUCCACCGAAUACACUAUUUUAUUGAAGGCUUGCCAGCUGGUAAUUACAGUUUCAACAUCACCUACAACUUCCCAGUAACCAAGUUCCAAGGAGAAAAAUCAGUUGUCCUCUCCACCCUGACAUGGAGUGGAGGCAGCAGCCUCUUCUUAGGUCUUGCUUACACAGUUACGGGCGCCAUGACAUGGCUAGCCUCCUUUGCCAUGUUAGCAAUUCACUUCAUGCUAAAACAAAGGAAAGCAUCUACCUUGCAGCAGCAAAGCAAGGCUUUAAAAGGGCAAAGCUGA